CAGUUUACAUCCGGUUCGUGGCUGGCUUCUCCCGCCCAUGAAUUUACGUUUAACCAUUUAUUUCGAUUCGCUUUUUCUCUAAACGUCGAGAAAAUGAGCUUCUUGCUGCCAAAGUUACAAUCUAAGAAAGACGUUGACCACGUUAUAAAGACCGUGGCAGAAAGGGUACUGGUUCUGCGUUUCGGCCGUGAUCAGGACCCUGUGUGUUUACAACUGGAUGAAAUUCUUUCAAAAACUGCUCAUGACCUGAGUAAAAUGGCAGCUGUUUACCUGGUGGAUGUUGACAGUGUCCCUAUUUACACUCGCUACUUUGACAUCAGUUACAUUCCUUCCACAGUUUUUUUCUUUAAUGGCCAACAUAUGAAAGUGGAUUAUGGGUCUCCAGAUCAUACGAAGUUUAUUGGAUGUUUCAAAACAAAGCAAGACUUCAUAGAUUUAAUUGAAGUAAUAUUCCGUGGAGCAAUGCGAGGAAAGCUAAUAGUACACAGCCCUAUUGAUCCGAGGAAUGUCCCAAAGUAUGACCUUCUUUAUCAUGGCAUCUAAAUGGACUGGCAGUAUGCUGUGUUUUGCAAAUAUUUAAACAGAAUGCAAUAUCAAGUCAUCAACUGUUCUUCAUUUGUUAAAGAAUAUUGAGAUUUGAUGCAAAAUGGAUAGUCCACAACAUUAAUCGGCAAGAAAUUUCUUGUAAGAACUUUGCAAGAAUCGCGGUGAAUGGACUCAACAUGACAAGUUGUUCUUCUAUUGCUUAAAAUUUCAGUAUCCUGCAGCUGCAAAUCUCAGCUCAUUGGCAGGUCUGCCAUCAUAAACUUGCCUUAAAGAUUAGCUUUGGAAAAUUAGUUCAUUUGACUGAGAACUGGUGUUUUCCCAAUUAGCACUUGAUAGGAAUUCACUAAACAGGAGUUUUUCCAGGCUGUGUUUUUUUUUAAAUUAUAUCUAAGAAAUAAACACUAGACAUGGAAAACGCUACUGGAAAAGGAAGUAAUAGUUAAAACAGGCAAAGGAGAAAUAGGAGCAAUAUGGUUUCUGCAUGAUUACACAUCAUUCUUGUACCAAGGUAAUAGAUUUCUAAUCCAUUUAUACACUCGUGCUCCUUGGAGUUCAUUGGUGAAUUUGUUUUUAAUCUCCAAAUUUUACUAUAGUGUAGAAGUGCUUACUUCUGGUACAGGAAUUUGAAUCCAAAUCCAGUUCAUAUACAGUUCUAAUGGAUAGACAAAGUUCAUCACAAAGUAAAUCACCCUUACUGAUUGUGGUUUCUGCCCUCAACCUUAUUUUUCUGUCCUAAAUAAGGUUGCUCCUACAGAUUUGGUUCGCAAUGGAACAGUAAUUUUGUGAUGCAUUGAGAACAUAACUAUUCAAGUCAAAACCUACUGUUUCCAAAUUAUUUAAUCAACAAAAGCAUUAUGUUCUACUAAUCUUGUCCUCACACCUGGUUCUGUAUGACACCUGCAUCUUUUCUAUCAGAGUCAUGAACAAUAAGUUGGUGCUUUCUUCAGACUGUAGAUGGGGCAAGGUGUAAAGCCCCUUAUCACUGAGCCAGCUGAUAUCAGUUAACUCAGCAUACACCUGAAACUUUGUCAGACAUUCAGUAAUGGGAACAAUGUACUUUGCUCACCUUGCAUGUGUUUUAUGUGUAUUCUGUAUAAUUUUGAUUUGUAUGGUGGCUCUUCUAACCAACUUCACAUUUGAAGGAUAAAGUAAAAUAUUGCAAACAUUA